AUGCAUUUGUUACAAAAUCUUGCAAAGACAUGUAACAUUGUGGGAAGACAGUUAUUUUCAAAUGAAGUUCUAACAAGCAAAUGUGUAUCGAAACAUGCUUGUAGAGAUCAAACGGGAAGUCAUAUCUCUAUAAUUGGAAAACGUGAAGUUUCAAAUGUGAAAAGAACUAGGCAACAAACAUGCGACCUUUGUUGUCAUGAUGACCUAUGCAACCGGAACUGCUUAACAGCGUCAAACAUUCCCGAUAAAGAUGAAUGCACCUCAAACCCCUGCGGCUUUGGCGGAACCUGCUUUGACGGAAUUAAUGGGUACAAUUGCAUUUGUGCACCUGGAUUUUCUGGAAUUAAUUGUGAAACAGAUAUAGAUGAUUGCUUAAUUGGAUCAUGUGGAACAUAUGGUACCUGUAUUGACGGCAUUAACAACUACACAUGUACAUGCGAAACGAGAUUUACCGGAAACAACUGUGAAAUCAACAUCGAUGAAUGCACCUCAAACCCCUGUGGCUUCGGAGGUACUUGCUAUGACACAAUGAAUGGGUACAAUUGCAUUUGUGCACCUGGAUUUUCCGGGCUGAAUUGUGAAAUAGAUAUAGAUGAUUGUUUAAUUGGAUUAUGUGGAACAUAUGGUACCUGUAUUGACGGCAUUAAUAACUACACAUGUGCAUGCGAAACGGGAUAUACCGGAAACAACUGUGAAAUCAACAUCGAUGAAUGCAUUUCAAACCCCUGUGGCUUCGGCGGCACUUGCUAUGACACAAUAAAUUGGUACAUUUGCGUUUGUGCACCUGGAUUUUCUGGGUUGAAUUGUGAAACAGAUAUAGAUGAUUGUUUGAUUGGGUUAUGUGGAACAUAUGGUACCUGUAUUGACGGUAUUAAUAACUACACAUGUGCAUGCGAAACAGGAUUUACCGGAAACAACUGUGAAAUCAAGUUGCAGGCAGAUUGUUCAGCCAUAAAACAUCACAAUGUUAACGCAACAGACGGUGUUUACAGUGUUUUAACAUGGAAAACUAACAGAACAAUCCAGGUUUACUGUGACAUGACGACAGUCGGUGGAGGUUGGACGGUUUUUCAAAAUCGAUUUGAUGGCUCUGUCAACUUUACCAGGAACUUCUCAGAAUACGUCAAUGGAUUUGGAGACAUUCAUAAAGAAUUCUGGCUAGGUAAUAUAUACAAUGUAUAUAUAUAUUCAUGUACCAUGUAGCAGAGUCAUUAGUUU